AUGGCCCCCAGGAAGAAGAACCCAGCCAUCAAGUCGAGCGGCACCACCUCGUCCAAGGCAUCGCCCCUCCCAGACUGGGUCAAAGGUGGAGGUCCCAAACCACCUCCCUCCUACACCAAAGCCGGCAAGGAGCUUCAAGCACAGAAGACCAAAGAUGCGGCACCCGACAACGCAUCAGGAGGUCCCUCUUCGGCGCCAUCGGCAGGUACUGCCGGCCCGUCACAGCGAGAGAUGCUCUUCCCACCCGGGAGCAAGACGCCGCUCAACAUGCUCUACGAACGAGUCAACAAGCUGCCAGGUUGGGAGAAGCCCAUCGUCGAGCCACGCAGACACAAAGAAGGUUACAGCUGUGCCGUCACGCUCAAGAAAGUCAACAAGAAAGAUGCUUCCAACCCAUUCACAGUCAUCUUCGAGCCAAAAGAACCUGGACUCCGACUCGAAUGCCAGUCCAGUCUCGAGGCCAAGCACUGGGGCGCAACCUACGCCCUCUUUCGCAUCUUCAACCACCUCUCACUCAACCUCGCGCUUCCACCGGGGCCGAGAGAAUACUGGGUCAAGAUGGAAGCCUACAAGAAGACCGCACCAAGUCAUCAGGAUUGGAUGUGGGAGAACGACCCUUUCGAAGCCGCCGCCAAACGAGAAGCAGAAAAGGCCAAGAAGGAGUCAGACAGGCAGGCAGCUGCCGAUGCCGCCAACAGAGGCGAGGUCGGCAUCGUCAACGGAAAGCUUAACGGUGUCGGCAAGCCACUCAGCAAAGCAUGGCAAGAGGCCAAAGAGGUCCGACUUGCUAGCGCCUUGCGAGAAAAGAUCGAGGCCACCAUUCGUCGCGCCAUGAGCAUCUUUCCCUCUGCCAGCACUGCGCCGCUCGAUCUGAUCGAAGAGGAUCAGGACCCUGAAGCUGGAAGUUCAACGCCCAAGGUCGACGCGGCCGCCCUCGAGAAGGAGCUCACAUCGUACGGCUUUCGACGUGGACAUGCGAGAAGCGCUAUCUCCUGGCUCACAUCGGCACGCACCGCCCUCGCCAACCCUUCUUCCUCUGGUGCAUCGUCGCUCACCGAUCCUAUGCUUGCAUCUGCUGCGACGCUGGCUGAUCGCGAAGCCGCACUCGAGUAUCUCAUGCUCUACACCCCCGAAGAGGACCUGCCGACCAGAUUCAAGCCCAGCACGUCUUCGGAAAGCUUCAUUACCGCUUCCAAGGCGGGUGCCGGCGGCGACGCGCUCGCUCUCGGCUGGGCGAUCGACAAGCUCUCCAACCAGGCUGGUUUCCCUAGGAAGACGGUCCAAGCGGUCUUUAAACGCAUUGCGGCCGCAGAGCGAUCGCAAUCGGUCGACCUGCCAAGGGCGGCAAGAGAAGGCUUGGCGUUAGAGAUGCUGCUGCGACAGAUGGCCGGCUGGGAUGCAGCCGAACAGACCGAGGACCCAUGGACAUCGAACGCCAUUCUCGAUGCUGUCCUCUCCUUUCCUGUCGAGAUCCACGACGAGGACAAGGAGGAGAUCGAGUCGAAGCGCGCGGACGAACGCAUGGCCGUCGAAGCGGUUCUGGGCGAGGACCGCGUCGUCGUUCCUUCAGAUCACGAACGACUCGGACCGCACGACUACGACAUCACCAUCGCUGGACCAGGCACCUCCGUGGGUGGCAAGGAGGAUGUCCGUCUGCGCAUCUCUUCGCAUCCGUACGCACUCUAUCCGUUGGCUCGCGAAAAGGCGGACGCUAUGGCAAUACCGGCCUUCUGCGUGGUAUCAAAGACGUUGCCGUCGUAUCUCAAGCUCGCACUCACGCAGCACCUGCUUCGUGCCUUUGAAGGAGAAAACAAGCGGCCAGACUGGUUCGACGCCAUCGAGGUGGGCGACGGAGGGGUGCUGUUGAGCAUCGUAGAGGAGCUCGAAAGCACAUGGUCUAAAGUGGUCGACGACCCACCUCUGCUCAAUAGCGUGAUGCAGCACCUCGUCGCCACCGAGCACAACCCCAGCGUCGAGGGGACACCCGACCCGUCUCGCGCUGCGACGCCCACCGGUCACCGCAACACCACCCACAAGCGCCGAGCCGGAGGAGGCCGACCGCUUCGUCGCGAUGCUCAGGUCGACGCUCACCUUCAACGCCAGCAACAGCAGCUGCACUCCUCGCCGAGCUUCUCCAAGAUGGCGAGCAUCCGCAACUCGUUGCCUGCCGCAUCUGCUGCUGGCGAAAUCCUCGAGCUCAUCCGCACCAACCGCGUGGUGAUCAUCGCUGGUGAGACGGGAUGCGGAAAGACGACGCAGGUGCCACAGUUCAUUCUGGAUCAAGCGAUCGAGGCGGGCAGCGGCAGCGAGUGCAACAUCGUCGUCACCCAGCCGCGGCGCGUCAGCGCCAUCGGUGUCGCAUCGCGGGUCGCCGUCGAACGAGGCGAAGACCUGGAUGGCAAGAAGAAGCCCGUAGCCUCUGGAAGCUUGGUCGGCUACGCCAUCCGUGGUGAGCGUCGCGCUUCUCGGGAAUGCAGGUUGCUCUUCACCACGACUGGUGUGCUGCUGCGACGACUCGGCGCCGGCGGAGAUGCCGAUCUUAAGGGCAUCUCGCACGUCGUCGUCGACGAAGUCCACGAACGCAACGUCGAUUCCGACUUUCUCCUGCUCGAACUGCGCGAGCUCCUCAAGCGCAACCACCAAAUCAAGGUCGUGCUGAUGAGUGCCACGAUCAACCAGGAGACGUUUGCGAGCUACUUUGGUCGAGCACCGUGCAUUUCGAUUCCAGGCCGCACCUUCCCUGUGGAGGACUACUAUCUGGAGGACAUUGUGCGUGAUAGCGGAUUUCAGCCUUCGGGCAACGAGUUCCGAUACGGCGCACGUGGUGGGAAGCAGAUCGAGGAGGAGAUGGGUCAGCUGCGCACCCACCUGCAGGCGCAGAAGGUGGACGACGAGACGAUGCGUGCGGUCGAGAGCGUGUCGCGUUCGGGAGGUCGGAUCAGCUACGAGCUGAUCGGCGCCGUGGUGCGCUACGUAGUGGAAAGGGCCGAGAACGAGGAGCUCAGUGGGGCCGCAGACGCCAGCGUCGGAGGUGCCAUCCUGGUCUUCUGUCCCGGUGUCGGCGAGAUUCGACAAGCGAUCGAUGCGAUCUCGACAACGUUGCGUGGGCAGAGCAAGGUGGACCUCCUACCGCUGCAUGCCAACCUGUCGCCGGACGAGCAGCGACGCGUGUUCCAACCCGUCCGAUCGGGUCACCGCAAGAUCGUCGUGUCCACCAACGUCGCCGAGACGUCGAUCACGAUCCCGGAUGUCUCAUACGUCGUCGACACGGGUCGGGUCAAGGAAACGCGCUUUGAGCCGGAAAGCGGCCUCACGCGGCUGGUCGAAUGCUGGGCCUCUCGCGCUGCAUGCAAGCAGCGACGUGGACGUGCGGGUCGUGUUCGCGCCGGAGAGUGCUUCCGCCUCUACACGCGGUUCGUCGACGAAAAGAAGAUGGCGGCGCAGCAGACGCCCGAGAUGCGACGCGUGCCGCUGGAGUCGCUUUUCCUGGAAGUCAAGUCGAUGCGCGAGGACGAGGAUGUGAAGGAGUACCUGAACAAGGCGUUGGAUCCGCCGAGUCUGGCGUCGAUGGAUGCGGCGCUGAGCAACCUCAUCGAGGCCGGGGCGCUCCGAGCCGACAGAGGAUACAAGAGCAGAUUGACGUCGUUGGGUAAGCACCUGGCGCAGCUGCCGUUGGAUUUGCGACUAGCCAAGCUGUUGAUUAUGGGCACCAUCUUUGGCUGCUUGGGGCCCAUGCUGACCGUGGCGAGCAUCAUGUCGUGCAAGCCGCUGUUUUCGGCCCCCUUCGAGAAGCGGGACGAGGUGAGCAAGGCACGAGCCAGCUUUGCCAUCGCCGGUUGCAAAAGCGACCUCCUGGCCGACGCAGCCGCCUUUGAGCAGUGGCAGACGAUGCGCGCCGAUCGUACACCCAACGGCGAGAUCCGAAAUUGGUGCGAGAGCCACUUUAUCUCGCAAUCGACGCUGAGGGAUAUCCAGACGAACCGACUGGACCUGCUAUCGCAUCUGCAAGAGAUGGGCUUCGUCGCCAACCACUACAGUCCGUUUGGCAUCUACGACGACUCGGAGUACGACCGGAACGCGCACCACACGGGAAUCCUACGAUCGAUCGUCAUGGCAGGGCUGUGGCCUUCGGUGGUGCGCAUCGAUCUGCCUUCCGCUAAGUUUGACCAGUCGUCGAGCGGAACGGUGCAGCGCGAGGCGGAAGCGCGUCAGGUGCGCUACUUUGACCGCAACGGUCGAGUCUUCUUGCAUCCCUCCUCGACGCUCUUCAGCUGCAAAGGGUUUGAUUCGUCGUACCUCACCAGUUUUGCCAAGAGCUCGACGGGCGCCGCAACGGACUCGAAGGUCUACCUGCGCGAUGCCACCGAGGUGCCCCUCUUCGGCCUACUGCUGUUCGGUGGCAAGCUCAAGAUCAAUCAUUUUGCAGGCGGCAUCGGGAUUGGGACGAACCAGACCGGCGGCGGAGAUAAGGAGGAGAACUGGGUGAGGUUGCGCGCCAAUGCGAGGAUCGGCGUGCUUUGCGCCCAGUUGAGACGAUUGUUGGACGCCGUGCUCGACCACGCCAUCGACGAACCGCAGGACAUGUUUGCCGCGCCAGGCUGCAGAGACGUGCUGGGUGUGAUCGGGCAGGUGCUCGAACGCGAUGGUCUCGCCGGCUGA